GUUAUUUAAUCCUUUGGUCCACCCCAUGCUUUUAAGUCAUGUUCCUCCCUCCUUUUUUGACCCUUAGCCUUUUUCUUCUUUUCAAUUCUCAUAUGGGUUUGGAACUUUUAUUUGUAUAAUUAGCUUUCUUUGACAACUAAGUUGUGUAAUGGCCAUGGAUGGGCAACAAUCAUCAACAGAAAAUGGAAGAGAAUCAGUGGGAGAAAAGGGUCAUGAUCCAAUUGCUCAAGCUGGAACUGGCUCUUUUCCUGGCUUCAUUGGGAAGCAUAGAUUGCAGGCAGCCAUAACCCACCUCAAUAACCAAAUUACAAUUUUGCAGGAAGAAUUGGAAAAACUUGACUCAAUUGGUGAAUCCUCCAUCCUGUGCAAGGAUGUAAUUUCAAGCGUUGAAUCCAUUCCAGAUCCUCUCCUUCCACACACUAAAGGUUCGGUCGAUGCUGGUUGGGAUCGAUGGUUCGGAGGUGCCCACCACUCAAAAAAUCAUAAACGCUGGAUUUAGAUAUUUUAUUUUAUAUUUAUAUAUUUUUUGGUAGAACUAUGAACAUAAUUUAAUAUUUCCCUGCAAGUG